UCAUAUCAUAUAUUCAUAUUCAUCUCACCACGAGAUUCUGGUUCUGUUUUGGCCACCCACACAACACCACCACAUUCUCCCAACUCGCUCCGAGUUGACUCACUCUUUCCCUUUCAAGAUCAAUAGCUGCCAACCCAGCCUCCGCGCUCCACUGUCACUGCAACCACCGCCACCCUUCUACGUCAAUGCAAAACUCCUCGUCGAUUCUCUCCGGAACCUUCUCCUCCUCUUCCUUCCCCUCCGGCCUUUGACUUUUGCUUUCGAGCGAAUCCGAUGAGUCCCUUUCGAUCUCUUCUGCUCUCCGUCGUCGUAUUCUUACUCCUCUGCCCCCUCGACGCCACCGAGGGCGACGCCGAUCCACUAUACAUAGAUUGUGUGGAGCUGUGUAAGAAAACUGGAUGUGUAGGGGAUAGAUGCUUUCAACAUUGUAAAUUCUCAUCAGAUGGAAAACCAAUUGAUGGUCCAUGGUAUAUGCAUGAACCCCUCUACCUGAGGUGGAAACAAUGGGACUGUUGCACUGACUGUAGCUAUUACUGUAUGCUAGCUAGAGAGGAAGAAAGAACAAAACUUGGUGACAAGCCCGUCAAGUAUCAUGGAAAAUGGCCAUUCAGGCGUGUUUAUGGAAUUCAGGAACCUGUUGCUGUUGCUUUGUCUGCUGUCAAUCUUGCCGUUCAAUUUCAUGGUUGGGUAUCCUUUUUCAUUCUUGUGUACUAUAAGUUGCCUUUGAGGCCAGAUAAGAAGACUUACUAUGAGUACACUGGAUUGUGGCAUAUUUAUGGGAUUCUAUCCAUGAAUUCAUGGUUGUGGAGUGCUGUUUUUCAUAGUAGAGCCGUGGAAUUAACAGAGAAGUUGGAUCUUUCUUCCGCUGUGGCCUUACUUGGAUUCUCUCUAAUUCUAACAAUACUGCGAUGUUUUAACGUGAGGGAUGAGGCUACACGAGUCAUGAUUUCUGCUCCCUUGCUUGCUUUUGUGACAACUCAUAUCAUGUAUCUGAAUUUCUAUGAGCUUGCUUAUGGUUUGAACAGGAUAGUUUGCAUGGGAAUGGUUGUUGUCCAGCUUCUUAUUUGGGCCAUUUGGGCCGGCGCUUCAAACCAUCUGGCACGAUGGAAGUUGUGGACAGUGGUGGUUGGAGGUGGCUUGGCUAUGGUGUUGGAAACAUAUGACUUCCCACCUUACAUGGGAUAUGUGGAUGCUCAUGCUCUAUGGCAUGCAACAAGCAUUCCUCUCACAUUUCUUUGGUGGAGUUUUGUGAGGGAUGAUGCUGAGUUUAGAACCUCAGCUAUGCUUAAGAAGGUAAAAUAGUGCUGAUGACACAACUUGGCAGAGGUUGGAUCAGAUGAAGAACAUGUCACAUGCUCUGCUACCUGCAUACUUUGAUUUUGUACAUCAGAACUUUUUUUCUAUUUUCCUCGUGCAUGCGUUUAUUUGAAAUGCUUAACACGAUGGUUUCUGUGCCUUUGAUCAUGUAACAUUUUGUUUUCUUGUAUGAGACAUACUUUCUUAGUGGAAUUUUAAUUCAUUUGCAA